GCCCAAAAUAGCACUUUUCUCUACCUCUGAGCACUUUUCUUAUAAAAAAGUUUGUUUGCCCUUUUUCGGUACACCCCACACAGAGAUACACAAAAUAACAUCGUUUUUGUUAAAUUGAAUAAUGCCGUGGCACGGUAUAAUCUUUCCUCAUAUGGGCUGUCUUUCGCAUUGUUCCAGCACUCCUUGGGUAGGUCAGAAACUCGGGGAGCAUCGCGAUGGCAAAGUGGGGAAAAGUUUUGGAUGGUGCGCGCGCCUCUAAUCAAUUGCCUGGGGCACGAAGUGGAGCAGCCAGUGGGGCGAUGAUCAUGAAGAGUGUUUCUAUUUUCCUGGCGAGUGGCAGACGUGCCUCAAACAACAGCAAGGCUGCAGGUGCUACAGAGAGAGGAACUCUUUCUACUAGUCAGAGUGGAGCAUCUACAAGUGCGGACCCCACGAAGAAGAGGAGGAAGAAGCCCAAACCACCAAUGGAGGACGCGUCUGGAAAGAUAAAUCCCAAACUUGUGGAAUCAUUGAAGAAAAAGACGCAUUUCUCAAAAGUUGAAUUGGAGGCGCUGUGUCGUAUUUACAAAAAGCUAGUUACAAAUUGUCACGUUACAUCGAGAGUUUUGGCAGCCAAUAAUCCGGGGUCGAUAAUUGCAAAGCCUCAUGCCACGAUUGAGGGAAUUGAUCGUGCAGUGUUCAGGGAACUUCUUCACAGCACAUUUGACAUUGUGACAGAAGAGACUCUCAUGGAAAGAAUUUUUUGUGCAUGGGACAUUGGUUUCGAAGGAAUGCCACUAAGGCUCGAAGGAUGGAUUGUUGGGCUCUCGAUUUUUCUUCGUGGCACCCAGGCAGAAAAAGUUGCUUUCUGCUUCCGUGUAUAUGAUCUUAACAGCGAUGGCUUCAUCACACGAGAUGAAAUGUUCAUUUUACUCCGAAAUUGUCUAAUCAAGCAACCGCAAGAUGAAGAUCCGGAUGAGGGUGUACGUGAUUUAGUAGAAAUAGCCCUGAGAAAGUUUGAUCAUGAUAAAGAUGGAAAAGUGAGCUUUCAGGACUUUUCCACCGCGGUUACAGAAGAGCCACUUCUGCUGGAAGCUUUCGGACAGUGCCUUCCAUCAGAGAGUGCCACGAUAUCCUUCUUGUCCACACUUCAAGCAUGAACAUUAGUUAAAAUAAGAUUUAGUCUAUCUCUGGGCGAAUUUAUUGAAAUACCGAUGUUGAGUAGAAAAAAAUGGUUCAUAAUUAAUAAAUUCAACAGAUCAUUGCGAUAAAAAGAAUAUAUCUUGUAUAUAAGGCAUAAUUUGAAAGACAAUGUUUAAUUAUGGAAAUUGUUAUUGUUGAGAAACGCAAAUCCGUACAGGAAAAACUCAUCAUAUAUUGAUUUAAACCCAUACAUACAAUGAUGACGAUAAAUAUUUGUAAGCCAGCCAGUUAUUAAAAUGUUCAAUGUCAAGUGCUCAAUGUAAUUUCUCCGAAAUGGCAUUUAAAGAAUAUUUCCUGCAUCAAUUACAUCCAAAUGUAGAAGCUCAUCUUCAUGAUAAUCACAUUAGACGUGAAUAAAAAAACCUUUUGAAUUAUGACUAAAAUUACGGAAGGAUAAAAAAGAAACAGAUUUCAUGAUACUCAUUCAGAAUAAAUUUAUGUAAUAAAAAAAUUUGUUCCACAUUUUAUAGUGACACCAACACGCCUGUCUCACUCAAAUUAUAAAUUAAUGAAUGCAUUCUGAAUCGAUCAUCAACUUUUAACAUUGGAGGAAAGUUGCACAAUUUUUCCUUAUAUAAUAGUACAAUUUGUAUAAAUUUUAACUAAAAAAUAUGUUUUUAUAUUUAUGUACGUACAUAAAACAUCCGAAAAAAAGAAAUGUAUAUGUAUUGUUCCCUAAAUCGGCUUAUAUUUUCCCAAAAAAGAGUUGAAUUAAAAAAUUAUCGAACAUGUUGUAUAAACAAUCCAGCAAACGUGUAAUCUGAAGGUGAACAAUUUUGUAUGUGUACCACUAUUUAAAAAAAAUAUCAUAUAGUGUUUCAACUUCAAGAAUCAAGGUUAUUUAAGUUGAUGGACAAUUUUCACAAUAAUCCACCUACUGCAUGGGAAAUCUGUUCGCUAAGUAACUCGUUAAACAAGUAAGAAAAGUAAAGCACAAUACUGGGAAUCUUCCUUAUUUCCGCAUACAUUUUAAGUAAUUUGCAUUUUAUUUCUUCGUGCUUUUGUGAUAAAGAGAAGAUAAAAUAAAAUUGGAAUGAAAAAGU